CUGCGCUCUUAUUUCACCCUCAGACCGAUAGAGACGCGCAGCUCGAGUUCGACGCGCAACACUUUCACACACACGGACGAAAACUCAAACCGACACGUUUCAUUUUAAAGCAACGUUUACGUUUUGUGGAAUAAACCGUUUUUCUUUCAUUUUUUUUCCUCAAAGUUAUAAGUCUGACCGACCGGCGUCGAGAGAGGAAUCACCGGACACGAGCAGCGCGAGCACGAGCAACAUACCGGCAAACAAAGAACCCUGUUUUUGCGCGAGAUCAACCUUCACCACUCGUUAGUUAUGAGUCAUGUGGCCGUCGAGAAUGUACACGGUCUAGACCAGCAGCUCGCUGUGCUAGACUUGAACAACGCUGAAGGAAUCCCUGGAAGGCGUUACAUUCCACCUCAUUUAAGGAACAAAGAAGGUCCCAAAAACGAUUCCCCCGGAGGAUGGGAUAACGGCCGCAGCAACGGCUUCGUGAACGGCUUCCACGACGGGCCCCGUAUGAACGGAGGGAACGGGUUCGGGCGCGGGCCGAUGCGCACCGACCGCGGGGGAAGAGGAGGGUUCAGGGGCAAACCCGGCGGAUCCUUCAACCCCAUCCAGACUCUGCAGAGCGCAGAUGGCGGUGGGUGGAACGCCCCUAAAGACGCGGCGUACAACAGCUUCGGUGGGCGCUCUGACCGGGGCAAGUCCUCUUUCUUCAACGACCGCGGCUCUUCUUCCAGGGGCCGGUACGAGCGCGGCGGCUUCGGGGGCGGUGGCAACAGCCGCUGGGGAGAAGACUCCCGGGAUGAAGAGGACUGGUCCAAGCCGCUGCCUCCCAACGAGCGCCAGGAACAUGAGCUGUUCGCUGCCAGCAACACCGGGAUUAACUUUGAGAAAUAUGAUGACAUUCCUGUCGAAGCCACAGGCCAGAACUGCCCACAGCACAUCGAGAGCUUCCAAGAUUUGGAGAUGGGCGAGAUCAUUAUGGGUAACAUCGCCCUGAGCCGCUACACACGACCCACUCCGGUCCAGAAGUACGCCAUUCCCAUCAUCAAGUCCAAGAGAGAUCUGAUGGCGUGCGCACAGACAGGUUCUGGUAAGACCGCGGCGUUCCUGUUGCCGGUUCUGAGCCAGAUCUACACCGAGGGCCCGGGAGAAGCGCUGCAGGCGGCCAAGAACAGCGCACAGGAAAACGGGAAGUAUGGCCGGCGUAAGCAGUAUCCCAUCUCCCUGGUGUUAGCCCCGACACGAGAGCUGGCGCUCCAGAUCUACGACGAGGCCAGGAAGUUUGCGUACCGGUCUCUGGUGCGGCCCUGUGUGGUGUACGGCGGCGCUGACAUCGGCCAGCAGAUCCGGGACCUGGAGCGAGGCUGUCAUCUGCUCGUGGCCACGCCGGGCCGGCUCGUGGACAUGAUGGAGCGGGGCAAGAUCGGCAUGGACUACUGCAAUUACCUAGUUCUGGACGAAGCGGACCGCAUGCUGGACAUGGGCUUCGAGCCACAGAUCCGGCGUAUCGUGGAGCAGGACACCAUGCCUCCCAAAGGCCUCCGACAGACCAUGAUGUUCAGCGCCACCUUCCCCAAGGAGAUCCAGAUCUUGGCUCGUGACUUCCUGGAGGAGUACAUCUUCCUGGCGGUGGGCCGGGUCGGGUCCACCUCGGAGAACAUCACACAGAAGGUGGUGUGGGUGGAGGAAAACGACAAGAGGUCCUUCCUCCUUGACUUGCUGAACGCCACAGUUAUUCCGAGUGAGGUUCAGGACAAUACGGGGGAGAACGUAGAAAAACCUGGUAAAGAAUCUCUGACUUUGGUGUUUGUUGAGACCAAAAAGGGAGCGGACGCUCUGGAGGACUUCCUGUACCGCGAGGGUUACGCGUGCACCAGCAUCCACGGGGACCGCUCCCAGCGCGACCGAGAGGAGGCGCUGCACCAGUUCCGGUCCGGGAGAUGCCCCAUCCUCGUGGCCACCGCCGUGGCGGCCCGCGGACUCGACAUCUCCAACGUGAAGCACGUCAUCAACUUCGACCUGCCGAGCGACAUCGAGGAGUACGUCCAUCGCAUCGGGCGUACCGGCCGUGUGGGCAACCUGGGUCUCGCUACGUCGUUCUUCAACGAUAAGAACGGCAACAUCACGAAGGACCUGCUGGACAUCCUGGUGGAGGCGAAGCAGGAGGUGCCGUCGUGGCUGGAGAGCCUGGCCUACGAACACCAGCACAAGAGCAGCACCCGCGGGCGCUCCAAGAGGUUCUCCGGUGGGUUUGGAGCCCGAGACUACCGUCAGACCAGCAACAGCACCAGCAGCGGCGGCUUCGGCAGCCGGGGGGGCCGCAGCACUGGGGGCCACGGGGGGAACCGCGGCUUCGGCGGCGGUGGCGGUGGCUUCGGGAACUUCUACAGCAGUGAUGGCUAUGGAGGGAACUACUCUCAGGUGGACUGGUGGGGUAACUGAGACCCCCCCCCCCCCCUCCUCCUCCUCCACCCCACUCCCCAUUACAGUGGAUCACCAUGCCAAACUCACUGAACGGAAACCACAUGAUGUACCAUAGCCAGACUAUAUACCCUGUGUAGCUUUGAAGAACUUUGCAGUACAUUACCAGCUGUGAUUCUCUGACCCCACCCGGAGAGGCUUUCGCCCCGUGGGAUUGUGGGAUGCCAGGACAGCGAAGGCUUGGCCGUAGCAGGAAGCAGUGUCCCGAACCCGUGCUGAAGGCGGAGCCGAGUUUGCUUUCGGUUCCCGGACUCUAGUUUUCCACUACAUCUCAUUUCUUUAUACUAAAUGAGAAUCAUUCGUUUGUUAAUGUACUGUGCCUUUAAAUUUAUACUCGCUGUGUUUUGGUUUGUUUUUCUUCUUUUUUUAAAUGUCUGGCUGACAGUUGUUUCCCCUCUUUUCUUUUCUCUUUUCUUUCUUUGUUUUCUCCCCCAAAUGACUUUUUUGUUUUGGAUGGUAUAACAAAAUAAGCUUGGAUGUAAUCAAACCUUGGCAAACUCUGGGAUGGUCUGUCGCAACCGCGUUUUGAACUGAAAUUUCUGAUGGGGUCACCAGUGCUGAUGUCACAUGGGCCUGACCCCUACGCCCCGCCCCUCCCCCCGCCCCCCGAUUGGCUCGUUCCCUCUUGUGUGGUAAAACCGCAUCACAAGGGAGUUAAAAUAUCGAAUGCUUGCUCACUCUAUCCUGUAGAGGUAUCUAUAAGAGACAGUAGUCUUCUGAGAAAAGAAACCAAGCCAUUCCAGUAUAUGAUAAUCUUAAAUUUGAUUGUUGUGAUGAACCGUGUCUGCCUCCGCCACUCCGCUGUGUAACUCUACCAUUGAGGCAGCUAAGCUAGUUCACUAACACACACACACUAGCCGUUUAGUGGUGUUGCUAGUUCACUAACACACACUAGCCGUUUAGUGGUGUUGGAUUACUUUAUUUAACUUGUUUUCUUUUAAAAUAUUAGGAUGUAGCAAUUGGAUUAACCUCUUGUACGUCCUUCCAAACCCAUUCUUGGAGUUGAUAAUGGGAGGCUUGUGGCGACUUCCGUAGCGAAGAGUUCAAUGGCUGCUCGAGGACCACGCCGUCAGAGCGCCUGGCCCCGGACGCCCGGCUCGUCUCUGAAGAAAUCCGCAUGCUAGUGUUCUUGUUUUUUGGUCAAGGAGAUUUUCAAAUCGAUUUCUGCAGCAGGCUUUUACGUUCCUUACAAGUAACGUUUGUUCACUUUUGAUUUAGAUUUUUUUUCUCUCUUUUUCAAGCUGCGUUGAAUUCCGAAAAAAGACAUCCUCGGCUUUACACGGCUCCGCGUCCCCUGGGCUAGCGCGCGCCGGGGUCAGAGUUCAGCGUACACGACAGGGGUGUGGCUAAGUGUAAAACCAGACUCUCAUUGGUCGGUCGGUUGGUUUCCGUGGCAUCCCUGGCCAAAGACAGGUUCUUUCAAACUCCCAUGAGCCCUGGGUCGCUCGCGCGGGUGUGUGCCGCCGUCCGCCGAGGGCGAGUGGGACGCGUUUAACUGAAGUGCAAUAGAUUUACUCAAGCGUGUUGUGCCUUUCGACAUGGAUUUGAAAACGGUGACGUGAAGCCGAUGCUUCGACAGUAUUGUGUGACUUGAUAGCAGUGGUGCUACUCUCGGCCCUUCUGUGUUACGCCCUUCAAGUUUUACAAAAGUCGUUUUAUUGCACAUCUAGGGUUUUAUAUAAAUGUCUUGAGUGCGUGUCCUUAAGCUUCCAAAUAUUGUGUGUGAAGAUAGUGAAAACGCAGCUUGUUUACAAAAGGGGAAGGGUUCUCCAAUAGUUAACCAGGAUUGAUUUGGGACCAGGGGGAUUAGCAGUGGGAAUUUAGCUAUUUGCACAGAUUACUAGAUUCUACUUUUGCUGCUAGUUUGUGUAAUUUAUUAAGCAUUUUUGAGAAAUAUUUAUUUUUAUAAGCCUAAAAGUGAUAGUUUCAAGUAACUUGACCAAAAGACAGUACAAAAACACUGGCACUUGAAUGUUGAAUGUCACCCGUAUGCGUGAAGUUUAUAUUUUUCGGGGUAGUGUGAGCUUUUUAAUGUUUACGGUCCGCCAAAAUUCGCAUCUGUAAUGGUCUCGCCGACUAAACGUUUCAAUCCGAUCAAUCGAACUCUGAAUUGGCAGCCACGAUUUGAAUGCUAAACAACCAUGCCAAGGUUUGGGAAAAAGUUACAGAAAUAUUUUUGUAAAUGUGUAUCAGUGCAAAGUGUUCAGAUUCUCCAGUUGUUCUUCUGUUUGUUUGUUUUUGUUUUUCCGGUAUUUAUUUUUAUUUUUUGUUUGUCUUUACCCCCAGUGAAUGUCUGGCACACGGCAAUCUUAAGUAACAGAAACAUGUGGUUAUUCUCUAUUGUUGCAUUUGCAUACUGGG